AUGCCCCGGAGGUUCCUGGAGCAAGUCGCCGGCCUCGAGAGAAACUUGAACAUCGACCAGUUUGGCAAGUGCCUAUUGCACUGCACUGGUAUGGAUUCCCUGGACGAGCUGCCACAGAAUCUGUUGCGCCAUGCGUUCGCAGUCGCUGACAAAGAUAAGAAUGGCUCCAUCUCGUUUCCGGAGUUUGUGACCUGGUUUUCUACGGUAGGAUUCAACACCAACGUCACCUUAUCAGCCAAAGAGCGCGCGUUUCGCGAGUUCUGCUCCGAAAACGAGCUUAGUCUUGUCGACAUGGACAGGUAUAAAAAGUACUUCGCAGAGUACGAUAUGGACGAGAGUGGCGAGAUCGACCAGGAAGAGUUCGAGGCUUUGAUCAGGAGAUGCGCGCGUGUGCCGCGGCACCUUGAGAUUCCAGCCACGCGCAUGAAGCAGCUUUGGACUCAAGCUGAUUCUGACCAGAGUGGCUCCAUAGACUUCGCCUCUUGGCUCAACAAGCCAGGUCAAGCAAGUUCUACCAGAUCAUGUUCUUCACGGAACCUGACUUGGCAUCGUCAAGAUAGGGCAUGUUUCCCUAUGCGCACGACAUGCUAG